AUGAGCGACGAAGACGCAAAGGCUGUCAAUUUGCCAACCCACAGAUUCAGCCUUGUUAUGGAGGAAACGGCGAACUACGCCGUCGCAGAAGCGUCCGAAGGAUCCCUGCUGAAAUCGCUGACGUUCGCCGUCGCCAUGUCCUUCCACUCAAUCCUCGAGGGAUUCGCUCUUGGAGUACAGAACACAACCGCACGAAUCGUCACCCUGUUCAUAUCACUUAUCCUGCACAAAGGUGUCGAGGCGUUCAGUGUGGGGUUACAGGUCUCCAAGGGAAACAGCAACAAGUUGAAAGCAGUAAUUGCAACAAUCCUCAUCUACGCUCUAAUGACCCCUCUGGGGUCAGGCCUGGGAACUCUGCUUCAGGUAAUUUCUGCGAUUUGCUCACUGAAAUGGCUAACCUUGCGUUGCUGUUGA